ACCGCGGAAGUCAACAAACCAGGCAACAGCGACAUGUAACAACGCAAAGCGGUUUACUCAACUUCCCUUUUUUUCCCCCCCUCGGUCUUUCGUUUAACGCUACUUUCAUGUUUUUCGAAAACGACUGACUAAAUGUAACCGUGUGCUUUACAAAGGUCAACUGUUGGACGUACUUUGAGCUGUCAUUUAGCUAUCGUCAGCGGUAGUUAGUUUCGUAAAAAGGCACAUUUUCGGAAUGCGGAAUGAUUCUCUGCUCUCAAGCAUCAACGUGGUGCUUGUCAUGGCCUAUGGAAGUCUGGUGUUUGUUUUGCUGUUCAUCUUUGUGAAAAGACAAAUUAUGCGGUUUGCCAUGAAGUCUCGGAGAGGACCACAUGUUCCCCUUGGCCACAAUGCACCUAAAGAGCUGAGACAAGAAAUUGAAGCCAAACUAUGCCAAGUCCAGAAAAUCCACUUUGAGCCUCGUCUGCUUUCUCCAGAUGAUGACAGGCUAAAGCAGAGAGAACUGACUGGUUCCUAUGACUACCUGUACAGGAUGAGAGCACUGGAUGCCAUCAGAGACACUGAUCUCCCUUUCCGUGAACUGGGUGGGACGUCCACCGCUGUGACAGGGAAAAGAUUUCGGACCUGGCUUCUGCAGAUAAGAAAUUCCCACUGCAUGUUCCGAGACAGCCAAGGCUCCCUCAUUGACACAGUGCUGGAUGGGUACAAUAAAGCCCGCCACGGGGCAGAGGCUUUUGGUGAAUCGGAGUUUAUAAAAUACCAGGAAGCUCUAACUGAACUGGCCUCUGUUGUGAAGUCUCACAGCAGCAGCAGCAGAAGCAGCACUCCGAGCCAGCACCACCAGUCUGCAGCCAAAGACCUGACCGGUACCACAGAUCUUGCAAGCUCCUCCUCCUCCCCCACCCAAACUACCUACCUCAUAUCUACAAUGCAGCAGCGCAGCAAGAGGCCCAGACACUUCCUAGAGCUGAAGAACUUUAAAGACAACUACAAUACUUUGGACAGUACGCUCUGAAAAUCUAUGACGCCCGUCCAAAGGAAAUAGAUGCCUGUCAAGGAAAAAGUAGUGCUGCCAGUGAUUAAAGUGCCUGUGGAUGCUGACAGGGGUUCCUGUUGCCAGAUGGUUUUGGAGUGAAGUGACAAAAACACUGCCUUCAUCAACUAACAUGCAUUGCCCGGUUUACAUUAUAGUGCAUAUCAGACUACUAGCACAGUGCUCUGUAACUAAGUGUAGCUUAAGCAUAUAUCCUGUAUUACUGCAUGUAUGAGUGCUAUAUUUGGGUAAAAAAAUGACUAUACAAAGUGACUAUAGUUAGUACGGUUGAUUUGACCAAAAAAAAAACAGAGCUAUGUGGUUAUGCAAUGGCAUAAGACAAUCAGUAUUUAUUGCACAGUGUAAAGGCCUAUGCAGACAUGUCGAAAUUGUAUGUAAACAUGCUAAUAGCUACUUCCGUUGCUACUAGUGUUAAUGGUUGCUUCACACUGAGAAAAACACACUGUUUAUGUCACUUCUGUUUACAUCUAUGUACAUCUCUACUGUCCAUAUGCUACUGUGAAUUUGACAGCCUUUUUUUUUUAAGCUUUUACAAAAGCCAUACUUGAUUUGAUGAAUUUUGAUGAUUGAGUGCUCUUUUAACUUAAUAAUUUAUCUCAGUGCAAUGUAACAUAACAGUGUUCUAGUGCAUUAAUGUAUUCUGAAUGAGAGGUAUUGCAUCUGUGGUAGGCUCUUCUUUUCAUGUUAGAGGUGGACUGCCCGCAAGCUGUGUCUGUUUCAUUUGGUAUUCAGGGUUCCCAGGGAGGCAUUCUAAUGCCUGAAUAAUUUUAUUUUAUGUGGUGCUUACUGUACUAUUU